AUGUACACUUGUACGAGUGGCGAAAUACAAGGCGCCACGCUAUGGCUGGUAGUCUGUGGUGCCGCAGCGCUGAUAGUGGCUGCUCUAGUCACUCUCGCCUGCUGGAUAGCACGCCGUAGGAACUCGCUUGCUCACAAGCUUGGCGGCAAACGCGGCCCAGACAAGGCCCUGGUGUUCCAGCCACCUCGACGGGCAACUGCGGUGCGCUCCCCCGGCUCGGCAACGCACUACCUUCGAAAGUCCCCAUCGCCAACGGCUCCCGCACCGCCUGCUCCCCCUGCCCAGGUGAACACACCGCCCGCACAGCCACCACUCAAUAAUUCUGCAACCACUCCAACCGGAUGCAACAGCCCGCACUCACCGAUCGCGCCGACCGAACCAACCCCGCUCAGCAAGGAGCUUGCCGAUGCUAAUGCUACCGAGAAAACUAAGGUCGCUGAACCUGAAAACACUGAUGGACGACUUGGCGAUCUGCAUUUCAAGUUGCGCUAUGAAAAUGAGAAGAAUGCCCUGGUGGUAUCGGUGGUUUCGUGCCAAGGCCUGCCGGGACGGGAACCAGCUGGACCUGAUCCUUAUGUCAAACUGCAACUGCUCCCUGAUAAACAGCACAAAGUGAAAACAAGGGUGGUGCGUAAGACCCGUUGCCCGGUAUAUGAUGAAGACUUCACGUUCUAUGGGAUCGCCCCGCACCAGAUUACCGCCAUCACUCUGCAUUUCGUCGUACUCAGCUUUGACAGAUAUUCCCGUGAUGAAAUAAUUGGUGAGGUGGUAUCCCCGCUGUUAAACUUGCAACUUCACAGUGGAGAGGCGAUGGCGCUUUGCCGCGAGAUCCAACCGCGCAGUCUCAAGAUGCGCAGCGUUGGCCGUGGUGAGGUGCUGGUGUCGCUGUGCUGGCAGCCGGCCGCGGCGCGCCUCACCGUGGUGCUGCUCAAGGCGCGCAACCUGCCCAAGAUGGAUGUCACUGGACUUGCUGAUCCAUACGUGAAGAUGUACCUACUAUACAACGGCCAGCGCAUCGCCAAGAAGAAGACACACGUCAAGAAGCGAACUCUGAACCCUGUUUUCAACGAGUCGUUCGUGUUCGAAGUGCCGGCUGCUCCUAACGCUACCCUCGAUCACGUGUCCCUCGAGUUGCUGGUGCUGGACUGGGACAGGGUCACUAAGAAUGAGGUGAUCGGUCGGUUGGAGCUGGGCUGCAGCGGCGCGGGCAGCGCGCGGCACCACUGGCGCGAGGUGCAGGCCGCGCCGCGCCGCCAGAUCGCCGACUGGCACAAGCUCAAGGAGUGA